ACGAGACACACUCGCCACAAGUUUUCCGUGGCUACCCUCAGUCCCGUUCGUCACAAUAUCGCGGAGAUAUACGCAUGAUUACCCUGUCAACGACAGUUUAUGAAUACACCAGGUUUGUCAUGUAUAUACAAGGCAGCAUAUUCAAAUAGCUGUGAAUUACAUGGAUGUUUUAACUUAUAAUUUUUUGUGGAUUGAAAAAAUGUAGUUUAUCUUGUUCAAAUUGAGUGUCGAUGGAAACAGAUUUUUUAGAAUGAACUGGUCAAAAACUUUCAAAAAAAAUAGUGAAUGUCAGUGGAACUGCAGUGAAUGUUUUAAUAUGAUAUGAGUAGACUCGAGUGAUCCACAAAUGCCGGUGAAUUACUUGGUAAUUGAAAUUCCCGCGGAUUUGAAAUGGGAAUGAGACAGAAGACUUCAGGUUCUAUGCGAACUGUGAUGUUCCUGUGAAAUUGGGGAGUGUUGAAAAUCGGUAGUUUUUCAAGAACUAUUGGAAAAAUGGAACUUAAUGUUAAUUCGUCGUGCAAAUUAGGAAAAUGUCAUCAACUUUCAUGUUAAGUUAGUUCGUACUACGCUCAAGUUCAUCAAAGUGCACACCUCAAUCACGAGACAUUGACAAUGGGAAAUUUAUAUUGGAUACGUUCCGCUGUGGUGAUAAUUAUAGCAAUGACUGGUGUACGUUGCCUGCGGAAUGUGAUGCUGGAAGUGAUACCGGAAGUGGUUGAACGUGGUCACGAGGUAAUUCUGCGUUGUCAUUACGAACGCGAGAACGAACCACUUUAUUCCGUCAAGUGGUAUCGUGGCAAGCACGAAUUUUACCGGUACUCACCAUCGGAAACUCCACCUAUUAAAGUAUUCAAUAUAACUGGGAUAACCGUUUAUCGCAACAAUUCCGAUCACGAGCAGGUAACCAUAACGAAUGUAGAUUACGGCCUGACCGGUAACUUCAGCUGUGAAGUGACGGCUGAUGCGCCAACCUUCUCCACGGAAGAAAGCAUAAAAAAGCUAACAGUAGUUACUCUACCAAAGGAGAAACCUAGCAUCGUAACAGAGCGAAGACAAUACGACACGGGAGACACGCUCAAAGCGAAUUGCAGUGUUUCACCAUCUAAGCCCCCAGUGGAAUUUGUUUUCAAACUCAACACCAUAGAGAUUGGUCCCAUCAAUGCAAGUCAGCUCAUGCAUCGAUCUGAGUAUAAUAUGGAUAGCAACUCACCAUACGUGGAAGAAUCUCAAUUACAGUGGGGUGAAUUCAGCAUCGAUCUCCUCCCUUUCCAUUACUCCCAUAAUCAAUUGAACCUCCACUGCAUCGCUCAAAUCCCUGGUAUCUACAAGGCUGAGAGUGAUAGGAAGGUGAUCAUUGGACUGAGAGAGCCGGUACCUGCACAAAUUACAUCAGAUAGCAGCAACACUGUCUACACUACAUGUAUCUUGGUGCUCCUCUCAAUUCGUGCAAUUUAUCCCUUUUUAAGAUAAGCAUGGCAUAUCUACGAUCAAUUGGAAAUAUUACAACUUCAGAAAAAUUUAUAAUUCUCGAGAAUCAAAAGCAAGCGAACGGCAAAGACUAGCACCGAAACGUCAAUUUCUGUAUAGAAAUGAAGUGCUGAGAGUUCCGAUUGCUGUAAAUGAUGUGAUUUAUUCGUUGUCCAAUAAUCGUGGGGAAGAUCAAAACAAACUUUUAGAUAUAUAAGAAAUAACAAUAAUGAAUUGUCGAACUAAUUUAUAAUCAACAUUGAUUCAUGUCAUUUUUUAUAGAUUCGAUGAUUGACUCACAAUUUAAAGCCGCGUGUAACAAUUUUACAGAAAAAAAACUUUUUCUCUGUUAUGGUAAAUCUGACAUUCGUUAUCCUUGCAAACUUAUUAGGAAUCUAUUGAAUAAUUGAAGAUGUUUUUAUUACGAUAAUUGUUGAACCUGUAUCAAUUGAUGAGGGAAAUAAUCCAUUCAGCAUUUAAGCGAGGAAAUUCCACACAGAUUUUUUGUCAUUUUCAAAGACAUGUGAAUAAUGUCCCAUUUUAAAUUAUUGAGGAGAUAUCAGUAAUUUUCAUGAUUUACCAAUUGCUAGAAUUUCGUGAAAUUGGACGUCUGAUUACGAAUUCCACUACGGAAUAAAACAAUUUAUCGACCCAGAGAAGAAAAUGUUUGUGUUCAGCGAGAAUAAUAAAAUAUCUCAGGCAAUAAUCGAGUCAGCUGUUUGAAAUUUAGCACAGGUUCAUAUGUGAUGACGUACUCAAAACCCUGAAAUUGGUAAAAAGCGAAAAGACAAAGCCAAAUGAUCCGACAGACUUUUUCUCUCAAAUUGAGUAACAAAGUAGUUUCUCAUACCUUACAGAAUCCCUCCUAGAACAAUAAGUUUCUUUAAACGAGUAACUUCAUCCCGAGAACUUGAAACUUUUUUUUCUAUGUUCGUAAAUACCCGAAACGAGAAUUCUGCACACGUGUCGUCAAUUUUUCCAGUGAAUCAGAAAAUUCAAUAAUCGUUCGGCAUCUGUUUGGCAAAUUUGUCAAAGAAGUAAAAUGAACAAAAAUGCAACUUCUACCUUCACAUUGGAACCGCCCCCGUCCCCACGUGUACCCCAUACAUUAUUUGCACGAAUUUUCCUUGUUCGAGGAUACGGGGUGGUACCAGUGAUCAAAGGGAAAUAAAGACGACUAUUUUCUCUCUGAUAAUUUAAAAUCCUGACCUGUCCUUUGAUAUUUCGAUGAGCAACGCAUUUGUAUAUUGGAGAAGUUUAAGUAAAUAAUAUUUAAAACCGAGAGAGUGACUUUUGUUAUGUUCAAUAUUUAUUGUUGUGUACGAAUGAAUAAACUUAUCAAUGGACAUCAAUGGUGUUAAUAAAUUUACACCCCUUCAUUAUCCUCAUUGAUGAUAUCAUUGCCAUUAAGGCCUGAGAAGUACUCCAAAGCGAAUAAACUUUGUGUUAGUUACAACAGACUAAAGGUAGACCAAAAGGGGAUGAACGAGGGUCUAUACCGAAGUGGAAACAAGAAUAUAUAGGCAACCUAUCCGCAAGAGCUCCGCAGCUCAUUC